AUGAGGGAAUGGUCCAUAGAGGAAGAAGUCGCGUUGUUUCGGGCGAUAUGCCACUUCAAGCCGUGUGGCAAGAAUAAAUAUUUCCAUAUGAUCUCGAUUCUUAAUGCUUUGGAAAACACAUUACAUGACGGCAAGUCAUCUCCACAAAUCACUGCCAGUGAUGUACGAGAGAAGCUCGCAAAGUAUUAUGAUUUAGAAAAACUAGAUGAACUAGAAAAUAUCAGCGAUGCCUCGGAGGAGAGUGACGAGGAGAAAGAACGUGUCAAUCUGGUGUUGUAUGCUAAGAACACCCCAAUUAUAGAACAGGACGGAGAAACUUAUCAAGAGUUUGAACUACGACCUAUUCAAGAAUACCAGAAGGUUAUUAUCAACAAUGCAAUUGAUUCUAAUUGCUCUAGUCCUUCAAAAAUGUCAGAUAUUGAUGAUUUGGAUGAGAUUGCAGGCCAAUCAGAGGAAGAGAGUGAGGGUAAGACACAACAACUGGAAGCAGAAGAUGGGACACCAGAAGCAGAAGGCGAAGACGAGGGCAAGGGAAAGGAAGAGGAGGAAGAGGAAGAGGAAGAGGAAGAAGAGGAGGAACCAAAGCCUAGAAAAAGAGGUAGAAGAAAGUCGACUAUAGUACCAACCAGAGGAAGGAAGGCCCAAAAGACCGCCGGGACCACCAAAGUGACCACACGAAGAACCAGGUCGAGUGGCACAGCGGCUGACUUGGAGUCCCAUGAAGUCCCAAAAAGGGGUGCAAAGAAAAAAGGUCCUGCUGCCACAACAAGAUUGUCUACUAGUUCACGAAGAAGCUCUCGUCGACAUGUAUAA